GGGAAAGGAGGGAGAGAGAUGGAGAAAGCAGGCGGCGAAGGAGAGAUGGGUGGCAGGAGAGAACCGCAGAUGGAGAGAUAAAUAAUCUGCAUGGAUGGACGGACCGAUGGGCAGAUGGCUUCGAUGAAUCGUUAAACGCUGUCUGUGGACAGAUCCACCCAGAUGGGGUAGCCGGGGUCCCUAUGGGCAAGGCGGAGGAGCGACGCCGACCGCCGGAGGAGGACUAAACUGUGAGGCUGAGCGAUGGCCAGCUUUCUGCAGCUCCUGCUGGCCUGGUUGGGGGGCUGUGGCUGUGCAGGCCGGCUUGUCCCCCCCAUCCAGGGAACCAAGGCAGGGCCUUUCCGGGGAAACAUGUCUCAGCGUUGGGAACGGCCCCUCUUGAGGUCCCGCCGCAGCUGGGUCUGGAACCAGUUCUUUGUCAUUGAGGAAUAUGCCGGACCGGAGCCUGUCCUCAUUGGGAGGCUUCACACAGAUGUGGACCGUGGGGAAGGUCGCAUCAAGUAUGUGCUGACCGGAGAAGGGGCAGGCACUGUCUUUGUGAUCGAUGAAAAGACCGGCAACAUCCAUGUCACCAAGACCUUGGACCGAGAGGAGAAAGCCCAAUACACGUUGCUGGCCCAGGCUGUAGAUCGGGCAUCCAACCGGCCGCUGGAACCGCCAUCUGAAUUCAUUAUCAAAGUCCAAGACAUCAAUGAUAACCCACCAGUUUUCUUGCACGGUCCCUACCAUGCCACCGUGCCCGAGAUGAGCAACGUGGGUACAUCUGUAAUCCAGGUAACGGCCCACGAUGCAGACGAUCCAGCCUACGGAAACAGCGCCAAGCUGGUCUAUACGGUACUCGAAGGGUUGCCGUUCUUCUCCGUCGACCCCCAGACGGGCGUGAUCCGGACGGCAACCCCCAAUAUGGACCGGGAAACACAGCAGGAAUUUCUCGUGGUGGUACAGGCCAAAGACAUGGGGGGACACGCUGGGGGGCUUUCAGGAAGCACAACCGUCACUGUCACACUUAGCGAUGUCAACGACAACCCGCCCCGCUUCCCGCAGAGUUCCUACCAGUUUUCUGUGGUGGAGACUGCACCGCCUGGCUCAGCAGUGGGGCGGUUGCGGGCACAUGAUCCCGACGAAGGGGAGAAUGCCCUGCUUGCUUAUAGCAUCCUGGAUGGAGGGGAUGGAGCAGAAGCCUUUGCCAUCCACACAGAUUCACUGGGACAGGAUGGCAUCAUCACCGUCAAAAAGCCCCUGGAUUUUGAAUCCCGGCGCUCUUACACCUUCCGAGUGGAAGCCACCAACACCAUCAUUGAUCCCCAGUACAUCCGCAAGGGACCUUUCAAAGACGUGGCCACGGUCCGGGUCACGGUGGAGGAUGCCGACGAGCCCCCGGCUUUCUCUCGUUCGGAAUAUCACCUCGCCGUCUACGAGAACAGCCCUCUGGGGACCCUUGCGGGAAAGGUGACUGCGGUGGACCUCGAUUCUCCCAGCAGUGUCAUCCGAUACUCCAUCCUGCCGCCCACGGACCCCGAGCGCUAUUUCAGCAUCAACCCUCAGGACGGGACGAUCCUUACCUCAGUGCCUCUCGACCGGGAAGUGUUACCUUGGCACAACGUGACUGUGGUGGCAACUGAACUUGACAGCCCUACACAAGUCUCCCACGUCCAAGUGGCUAUCCAGAUCCUGGAUGUCAACGACAAUCCCCCCCAACUGGAGCAUAACUACGAGCCUUUUGUCUGUGAUAAUACAGCCUCUGGACAACUGGUGCAGGUGAUCCGGGCAGUGGAUCGAGAUGAGGACGGGAACUCGAGCCGCAUCAUCAUCCGCUCCCCAGUCGGACUGAGGGAACCCAAUGUCACCGUGCGGGACAACAAGGAUAACUCUGCCGCUUUGCUCCUCCGAGCCGCCCGCCAGCCGGUCCCGGGAACGUCCUUGUUGGUGCCACUAGAACUUGUGGAUGGGGGUUCCCCCACCCGCACGGGCUCCCCAACGCUUACAGUGAGCGUCUGCCGGUGUCGGCGAGACGGGGCCAUGCGCUCCUGCAGUCCCGAAGCGUUGGGAUCUCCUGCCGGCCUCAGCACGGGUGCCCUUCUCGCUAUCCUGGCCUGUGUCGGCACACUGCUCGCCCUCGUGUUGCUCUUUGUCGCCCUGCGGAGGCAGAAGCAGGCAGCGCUGCUCCCCUUCGAAGAGGAAGACGUGCGGGAGAACAUCAUCACCUACGACGACGAGGGUGGCGGCGAGGAGGACACGGAGGCCUUCGACAUGGCGGCCCUGCAGACCCCCGACGCGGCCCCUCCGCCGCCCCCGCCCCCCCAGCACCGGCGCCUCCUCCGGCGGGACGUCCUGCCUCGUCUCCAUUUCCUCCCAUCCUUGCCCGCCCGGGUCCCGCCACAGCCUCACGACGUGGCCAGCUUCUUGGCGGCUCGCUUGAGCGAGGUGGACGCCGACCCCUCGGUGCCCCCUUACGACUCCAUCCAGGUGUACGGCUACGAGGGUCAGGGCUCCUCUGCUGGCUCUCUCAGCUCCCCCGGCUCGUCCUGCGCUGGCGACAGCGAGGCAGGCGGAUACGAGUACCUGGAAGAAUGGGGGCCUCUCUUCCGGACCCUGGCAGAGCUCUACGGGACUCCGGAAGGGCCACCGUCCACCUGAGGGAGAGAUCCCCCUGGGAGGGUG